GGAAAGUUUUAACAGUGUUCCAAAAGUGAUUUCUGAUACAUCAAACAUGACAGCCAAGUCAGAUGAUGAUGAUGAUGUGCUGUUUAAACCAAAGAGACGUAGAACAAACCCUGUUGUAGAGAGCGAUGCUGAAGGUGAAAUCAUUGACCAAGAUGCCAAGACUGUGACAGAUCUGCAGAAUACAGCACUGUCAGGAAUUUCAGAUAUUUGCCAGCAUCCGCUUUUGCAAAGGAAAGACCUUACUUUGCUGAGUGAGCCGGAUGUUUUGACACUGAGAGACGUUCUGCUGCAGGUAGUUGAUGAAGUCUGUGACAUCAUCUGCCAGAUCAAAAUGGGAGAUUUGAUGAAGUUUGUUUCUUCAGACUAUGAACGUCUUCAGAAGCUUCUCACUGUUCGUUUGGAGCUGAGGCCCACUAGUACUCCCUUGUCUUCUCAAGGUUCCAGUUCAGAAAGACAUUUAGGGUCGAGGGCAGUAACAAAACCACCAGGCAACUAUCUGACCGCUGCAACACCUGUUCCUUGUGGUGACAGUUUUUUUGCGGCAGAGAACAGCGUCAGUCAGCUUCACAGAAGACAUAACACAGGGGACAGAAACACUGUUAGUAAUUCUGGUAGUCAGAGUAGUGCAACAAGGCUGAGUUGUGGAGCUGACAACAAAAAUAACAAUUCAGCUAGUAACAUGAGGAGGAAUGUACCAACACAGUCUUCAGAUACAAUAAAUUAUAAUGAAAAAGCACACUGUUCUUAUGAAACAAAUACUACAUUUGGUCUGUAUGCUAAAAAUAAUACUGAAGUGAGCAGUAGUAAAUUAGCCAACAGUCUUGAUAGUUCUUGGCAGAGUGUCGAAAGUAUGGAAGAUAGAGACUUUGCUGACGAAAUGGAAGCAGCAUUAGCAUAUGCAGACUUUGAUGAUGAUGGAGAAAGUGUUAACAAAAGCUACACUCACAAAGGUGAUUCCAGCUCUUCUAAAACCCUGGUUAAAAAUGUUCAAAGGAGCGUUGGAGACAAAACAUGCAGCAUUGAGUCAAGCAGUAAAAAGCAGCUGACAGAUCAAACAAGAAGUGUUGUGAGCUCAUUUUGUUCAAAUGUUGAUGUGGAAGAUGUCUCUAUGUACAAUGAGAUAGCAUCGUCAGAUGAUGAAGACUAUGAAAGGAACUGGGACUGUCGGUCAGGAGCAGCAGCAGCCUCAUCCUCAGAACAAGGGGACAAAACAUUUGAAGAGUACACAGCAGUGUUCAGCUCUGCAGAUCGAGAUGAUGGGGCGUCUUCAGAGUUUGUUGGUAUGAAGUUUGACCAUAGUCCUGUGCUGCAGAACAUGUUCCGCCAGGUGUUUGGACUGAAAGAGUUCAGACACAAUCAGUUACCAGCCAUCAAUGCUGCAUUGUUAGGGCAUGACUGUUUCAUCCUCAUGCCAACAGGAGGUGGCAAGAGUUUGUGUUACCAGCUGCCAGCACUGGUUGCAAAUGGUCUUUCUGUGAUCAUAUCUCCUCUAAAAGCCCUAAUACAAGACCAGACCCAGCGACUGUUGUCCUUAGAUAUACCAGCAACUCAUUUGUCCAGUGAUGGGGAGACAGGGCAGAACCAGUCAGUUUAUAAUGGCCUGUAUCAGCGAGAGCCAGCCUACAAAUUGUUAUAUGUUACUCCAGAAAAGCUGUCGGCCAGUGAGAAAUUGUUGAGUUGUCUAGAUAGUCUAUACAGACGCCAGCAGCUUAACCGUUUUGUCAUUGAUGAGGCUCAUUGCGUCAGUCAGUGGGGCCAUGACUUUCGCCCUGACUACAAAAGAUUAAAUGUGCUGCGGCAGCGGUUUCCUGGCGUUCCAGUGAUGGCUCUGACAGCAACGGCCACACCUCGUGUUCGUAAAGACAUUGUCCACCAGCUGGGCAUGAUCAGCCCUAAAUGGUUUAUGCAGAGCUUCAACAGACCAAACCUCAAGUAUAGUGUUCAGAACAAGAAGCCCUCCAAUGCCACGACAGACGUCAUUGACAUUAUCAAGAAACGCUUUCCCAGGGACAGUGGCAUUGUUUAUUGUUUGUCCAGAAAGGAAUGUGACACAGUAGCUGCUGAGUUGAGAAAGGCUGGUGUACAAGCAGAACCCUAUCAUGCCGGUCUUGAUGAUGGCACCAGGGCUAAAGUCCAGGACAGAUGGUUAAAUGAUGACAAAUGCAAGGUGAUUUGUGCUACAAUUGCUUUUGGCAUGGGCAUAGACAAAGCGGAUGUCAGAUUUGUCAUACACUACUCACUGCCGAAAUCUGUGGAGGGUUACUAUCAAGAGGCUGGUCGAGCAGGCAGAGAUGGCCUUCUCUCGUACUGUCUCCUGCUCUAUACUUAUCAGGAUGUGAAGAGGCUGAGGAGGAUUAUUGAAUUGGACCAGGCUGCCAACUUUGAGUCAAAGCGGGUUCACAUAGAUAACCUGUUCAGAAUGGUGUCAUACUGCGAAAAUGUUUCAGACUGCAGGAGAUGUCAGAUCCUUCAGUAUUUUGGUGAAUGUAGUUUCUCACGUGAUCGAUGUGCAGCUGUUAAAGGUGCUGUGUGUGAUAAUUGUGAGAUCAAGGAUUCGUUCAGUGUUCGAGAUGUGUCUGCAGAAGCUAAGGAAAUUGUUAAGUGUGUUAAAGAGUUGAAUGCUAGAGGCAAUGGCAACUACACACUUAUUCACAUCUUGGAGAUAUUUAAAGGCUCCAAUAACACAAAGAUUCAGACCUUAGGUCAUUCAAAGCUGGCAUUACACUCUCGGGGUAAAGACUGGGCAAGGAAUGAUGCGGAGAGGUUGUGUCGCAAGCUGGUCAUUGAUGGCAUUCUCAAAGAAGAGCUGCAGAUUACUGCCCAGGACCAUACAGUGUGUUAUGUGCGCCUGGGACCACAUGCAGUAGAGUUAAUGCAGAACAAGCUAAAGGUUGAAUUGCCAAUUCAGGGAGGCAAGAAAAGAAGUGAUGUAGCUAAAGUGGGAACGGAACCUAAAAAUAACAGAGAGAAAAUAGAGUUGGAAUGCUUGGCAGAACUGAGAGUGAUGGCAAAAACUAUAGCUUCAGAACAUGGUGUUAAAAACUAUGCCCUGAUCUUCCCCGAGAGUGCCCUGAAGCAGCUGGCCCAGUGCACGCCUAUCACCAGGGAGGAGAUGAUUGAGCAGAUUGAUCACUUCAAUGCCACCAUCAUCGACAAGUACCAGGCACACCGGCUACUGGACAUUACCCUCAAAUAUAGUAUGGAGUAUGCUGACCUUGAAAUCGACGAAGAAGAGACAAAAAACAAUGGAGACGGCGGUCAGUUUACACCUGAAGGGGAGUUGGCUUCCCAUUAUUUUGAAGAGUCUUCAUCUGGAGGAAGAGGAAGAAGAAAUGGCAGAGGAAGAGGUGGAAGAAAACGUUUCACAUCUAAAGGCAGAGGAGGCUUUGUGAAAGGUAAAAAGAGCAGGAAGACUUGGAAGAAUAAUGCAAAGUCUGGCCAGACAAAGAAACAAGACAACUUUUCCUCAUUUGCCCCAUACAAGCCCAACAAAACUGCUGCAAACUAUACAACUGCUGCUCCUUCAGCUACCAAGAAACCUGCCACCGUAACAAAAGCCUCGCUGGGUUUGAUGCCUGAUCCCAGGGCUCGCUCGUUCCUGUCCUCCAUGCCACCCGCUGGCAGAGGCAGUUUUGCUUAA